ACCCUGCCGGCCAGCCCACCCGCUGGCCUCGGACGUCCUGGCCUCAGCCCUGCGCUCCCCUCCCCACUGCCGCCAGCCCAGCCUGAGGAUUCUCUGUGCGGGAUGACGCCCAGGCAGCCGCUGCCGGCGGCACUGGGCUCGUCAGAUGACUGUGGGGGCUCCUGCCGCACAUCACACUCGCUAGGACGGGCGAGGGAGGGGGCGCUGGAUGCGCACACAGGUCCUGCGUCUCCGGUGCCUGCCACCCGCCGCCGGCUCGUGCAGGGAGCGCACGGAACGCGAUCUUUUUAACCCCUUUGGAGAGAAAGCGAAACGGAACGGGCUGCCUCCUUUCUCCUUGGGCUGAUUUCCUCGGGCUUCCCUGGAAGAUGCGUCUGGCCCAGCCAGGCCGGAAGAGUCCAUUCACGCCGCUACCGCCGCUGCCACCGCCACCAACGCCGCCCCCCGGGCCACUUACUUUCUGGGCUCUUGCCGGCCCCAGGGUGCCCUGAGCCCGCCCCGCCUGGCCGGCCCCAGGCAGGGCAGAGCCUGCACCAUGUGUGACUGCUUCCCUGGGCUGGCUCCGGCGCUGCCUGCCCCCCCCUGCCGGUCCCAUUGUGCCCUGCCCGCCUAUCCCGCCAGCACCCCCCUCCGCCGCCUCGCUUCCUCCAUGCUGCCGCGGCCGGCCAGCGAGCUGGGUGAUUAAUCGGCGGUGAUGAUGAGCGUGCCCGGCGGAGGGGCCGCGGCCGUGAUGAUGACGGGCUACAGUAAUGGUCGCUAUCCCCGGAAUUCUCUCUACAGCGACUGCAUCAUCGACGAGAAGACAGUGGUCCUGCAGAAGAAAGACAGCGAGGGCUUUGGCUUCGUGCUCCGGGGGGCAAAAGCUGACACGCCCAUUGAAGAAUUCACACCCACGCCCGCCUUCCCGGCCCUGCAGUACCUGGAGUCCGUGGACGAGGGCGGGGUGGCAUGGCAAGCCGGGCUGCGGACCGGGGACUUCCUGAUUGAGGUAGGGACCCUGGUGUUUGUCGUUUUGCAUGCGGAGAGCGCCGGCUCUCAUCUGGGAGAAGGCUCGGUGGUCUCGGUGACAGCGUGGCUGCGGGGCCAGACCGGGAGCUGCUGCUGGAGGCGGCCGUGGACUUGUGCUACUCCGCAGUGGGCGCUCCUUCCUGUGGGCCUGGAGCCUGGCUUCUAAGACUCUGCCUGGGAGUCGUGGCCAUGAGCCUUGGCCAGUGGUCUUGAAGUAGAGGUGGAAAGAAGUGGUGUGUGUUUGCCGUGACGCUGGGGACACGGGUAGAUUCGUGGCGGUCUGGAUGUGGCCGUCAUCACCCCAUGUGUCCUGAGGGCAAGUUACCACAGUCUUGGUUGGCACUCCCUGGCGUGAGGUUGGUGACAGGUGGCUGGGAGUCCGUGGAUUGGCAGUUAGGCAGACAGUGGCCUUCGAAGGCACAGAGGCCCGGGGACAGCUGGAGUCGGUGGCACCAGGAGGAAGCGUCUGACUUCAGAGGCACUGGGCGCUCAGCAGGGCACGUUCUGUGCGCUGAGGAGUCUGCCGGAUGUGAGGGCCGUGUCCCGUGUCUGCGCUCUCCGUGGGGCCCAGGGCACAGCUGGGCACCCCGCCUUCCCUUGUGCCUCGUGGGGCAGAACAGUGUGCUGCUCUUCGGGGAACUGAGCAGUUGUAGUUUUGAACUGAGCAGUUCAGUUUUGAAAAGUCAAGGAGAUGCUGGUGGCCCUCAGUGGGAGUUCACUUUCUUGAUUCUUGGCUCUUUAGUGUGCGCCCCGAGUCCCGGGUGCUCUGCCUCAGAAAGCCACGAGCAGGUGCAAGGAGCAGGUGUGUUGGGUCCGGCCAGCCCCGCGCGAGUCCCCGCCCUCGGGCCGCCGGACACACGCCCGUCCUGCAGAGGAGACCAAUCUGAGCCCGAGGCGAGCUGGCCGUGCGCAGCCGCUUCUCUCCAUGACACUGUCCCCACCAAGGUGGCUUUGGAAGCUGCGAUUGCGCUCACGGUCUCCUAAGUGCUGCUCCAGACGACUGAAGCGGGGUGGAGACCCAGAAGGGCCGGUUCGAAGGAGAUGGCAGUGUGUUGCCUUUUCCCAAGGAUCUUGUCUUGCUUUCAUUUUCUGUGCUGGGGGAUGUAUCUGAGUUACGAUAGCCCAGUCCCAGCCUGGUUGGGGCAAGGAACGAGCUAAUUUGGAUUCUGUGUGCUGUGACUGUCGGGUGCGUGUCCAGAAUGAUGGAGACGGAGCCGCUGCAGCUCCCUGGGUUAACUCGAUUUGUAACCCUCGUGGAGAUGCACAGAGCAGUUGAAUCAUCUUCUGUGGGAUGCGGUGGUGAUGUCAGUCCCCUUCCUGUGUGUGACAGCCAGAGACACAGGGAGGGGGCGUGGCCUGGCCGGGGAGGCGGCGCUGGAGUCUGCGGUGGGCGUGUGAGCAUGCAGGGUGCUGGGCACGGGGAGGAGGCCUCCCCGAGGUCCUGUUGGGUUGGUGCCGGUUCUUGGUGGUCAGUAAUUUGUGAAGGCUGAAAGUGUAGGAGCAGCCCCGUGGUCCACUCAUUGGGUCAUUCCCUUGAUAAAGGACACGUGCACACCGGAGGCACCUGUGCCGGGUCCCUGGCUCUUCCUUUACGCCUGCGCCGAGGUGUCCACAAAGGCCGUGCGCCAGGCUGAGGUUGGGGGUCCCUGCGCUUCUCUCUUCAAGGCCCCUCUUCUGAUCUUGCUGUCGAGGAGCAGGUGGGACGCCCAAGGCCACCUCUGCCUCCCAGGGUUCCCUGGGCUGGCCCUGUGAAGUGGUAGGUGGCCUGCAGGACAACCCGGCCCCUCACAGCCCCACAGAACUUCUUAGCUCAGACACCAAGGCGGGUGCAGGGCACAGGGGUUGGGCACUGGGGGGAACAUGGCUUCUCCCAGUUGAUUUCCAGGUGGGGGUGGGGGCUCUGAAGUCCCCCAGCAGGUGGGCUGACGUAAGCCGGCCACUCGCUGCUGAGUUGGUCCCUGGCUUUUGCAUUUAGCCUUGAGAAUGUAAGGUCACUUCUAGUUCUACAGACACAGGCUUUUCCCCAACAGGUCGCUUUUCUGUGGUUUCCAUGAAAAACCUCCAGCCUCGCAGGGGUGACUUCAAACAGCCCGCAUGUCCCGAGUGCACGUUCUUUUGGGCGCCAGACUCCCUGGUGGGGGCGGUUCCCGAGCCUUUGAGGGCCCGCGGUCUCCAUGGGAGGGGCCGCCUGUCCUCGCUUCCUGGCAGACUCCUGGGCGAGCUGGCCUCUCGCGCUGCACCUGGAAAGUAUGUCAGGGCAUUGUUUCCUCUUUAAGAAACGCACGCCGCAAGGGCUGCACCAGGCGCGAGCGCUGCCGCCGGCCCCUGCCUGGCCCCGGGACCUGGAGCCAAGGGGUUCCUGUCACGGCGGUUUUCUUGGGUACUUCUGGGGUGUGUUUCUGCCCUGCCCAAGGAAGCGUUCAGGGAGAGUUUGUCCCUUUGUUGGUUGUGCACCUGCCACCCAAGUCGGGAGCAGUGAGUAGCAGCAGGCGGCUGUCUUCAAAUGCAGAACGAGGACCACACGAUGGGUCUUGGGGUGUGAGUUGAUUGUCGUAAAGAAUCGUCUCAGAGGUGGGUGAGAGGGUAUGCGUGCGCCCGUGGUGGUCCCGGGACCACCCUGCCGAUACUGGAAUCUGUGGCCUCAAAGUGGCGUAGCAUUUGCACGGAGGCUGCUGGCAUCCAGUCAUCUGGAGAUGACUUGUAAUGCCUGAUGCAAUGUGACUGCUCUGUAAGCGGCCGCCCCAGCGUGCUGUUUAGGCGAUCACAAAGCACACACGUGCUCUGUGCAGGUGCCAGUCUUCUUCCGAGCGCUUCCAACCCGUGUCUGGUUGGAUUUGUGGCUGUGAGCCCGGAUGUGUUUACCAUUUUCAGACCAGCUGAAGUGCUGACCUUGUCCAGCUAGCAACAGCCUUGAACCCUUCCGGGGACUGGGGACAGGGUCAGGACAGGGUUUUGCCACUGUGCAGGGGAGAGGUGGGGGCGGGGCUCCACCAGCCAGGAGAAAGGACACACAGUCCAAGCUGGUUUUCAAGAUGUCAGGAUCUGCGGUCAGAGGGUUCCGAGGGAGAGUCAGCCUCCAGGGAUGGUUCCAUCAGCUGCCCCUUUGGGGUUGUCCCUGUGGGAGUGAGAGGUCAGAGGUCACUUCCAAAAGUUAAGACGUGUCAUAAGGAGGCUAUGGAGGGCUCCCAGAUGAGGUUGGGCAUCAAGGAAUCAAGGUGUGCGGGGUUGGGAUGUCCCCUGACAUCGUGUGGCGCUGGCAGCAGCCUGGGCCAAGGGAGCCUGGCCGGGCAGCAGAGUCCCUCGGGCCUGUUAGCAGCAUAGGGACCUGGCCCCUGACUACCCUACUGAGUCAGAACCAAGGGGAAGGAGCUUAGAGGAAGCCACAAGGGGCCCCAGCCAGUGAGACCCUGAGCCCACCCCCACCCCCCACUGAUCCACACUGCUCACCCAUCUUCUAGCAUGGUUGUCGGCAGCAGGUGCCGUGCUGAGCUGGUCUGGGGACCACGACUGUGUUUCUGGCCAAAGUCCACCUCUGGAAACCCAACUUCUGUUCUUGGAGUUCCGUUCACGAGCCGAGUACCCCACCUCGGAACAGCUGCUUGGAACACAGCUCGUGGGGGAACAGCCACAGGACGAUGGCGAUUGCAACAAGACCUCGCCCGUGGCGCCUGGGAGCACCCCUCCCUGGCACUGCGUUGUCCCGUCUCCUUCUCACGGCCACCCCUGCCGUCGCCCCCCACUUACGGGCAGGGAAGGGGAGGUACGGAGUGCGUCCGCGCCUUGCCCCCGGCAUGCUCUGCUCCAUGUAGAGGCCUGGAUCAGGCUGUCCAGGGCAGCACUGCAGCCCCAGGAUACAGGAGAGCCACUUGGAAGUGCUUCCUGGGGCAGAGGGCAGAGGACACAAGGCGCGCAUUCUUAUUUUCAGGUUAGCAGACUUUUUUGUGGUUGUUAUUACUAUACCGUUGUGGGAGGACUUGUGUUGCUAGGCGAAGGGAUAAAUUGCCGUGAACUUGGAGGAAUCACUGGCAGGGUGAAGCAAGAGCCGCAGAGCUGAGCCGGGCACGUGUGCAGCGCCGGGAGCCGGGGGAGAGAUCACAGUGUCCCGGAAAAUCAGGGGACGUGAACAUCUGCCGUGGAUUUGUACGAAGGCAUUAAAAUCCUGCUUGCUCAGAGUGCUUAAUACCGGCAGAGUGGCUACGAUGUGUUUAGCGAGAAAAGCAGAAUCUGAACAAAGUGCAUCUAAGUGGUGACCGCCCCUCCCCACAUAGGCGUAGAAAGAGCAAGGCGGGCGGCCAAGCCCCGCGGCGAUGGCGCUGUGUUGUGUUCCCUUCCGUUCUGACUUUUUGGCGUCGCAAAGACUUUCGGGAAGAGCAGCACUCAUCUGUGAUGAGUAGAAAACCGUUUCUUGGGAGAGCGUUACCGGGGUAGGCACGUGUGGCACGGCAGUGAGGUGGCCACUUAGGACGCCCGCAUCCCGUAUCAGAGGGCCUGGGUUCGAGUCCCGGCUCCACUGACCGACCAUUCCAGCUUCCUGCUCAUGUGCACCCUGGGAGGCAAAGGCAGCAGGUGCGGGCUCUACUGCCUGGGUCCCUGGCCCUCACGUGGGAGGCCCACACUGAGUUCCGCAUGGCGAGGUGGGGAUGUUUGCUCAGCAAGGGGGUGGCCCCGCGGGGCCGCCGCCUCCUGCAAAGACUCCUGUGGUCCCUGUGAUUGUUUUCUUGGCCCUGAAGUGGCCGAUCUUGGCUUUGUGUUCUUUUCUCUAAAUAGGUUUUCCUUCGUAAUUAAAGCAGGCAGCUCCGGUUUGCUAAUGACUCUUCCCUCGUAUUAAACACGUGCCCUAGAGUGGGCCUGGAAGGGCUGCGUCGUUUGGGUCUGUGUUUCAGUGACAAUGCUCAGAGCGACGCUGUAACAUCCUGCCCUGAGACCAUCCAGGAAUUCAGGCCAUCACCUCAGGAACAUGGCCCAGGCUCCCGCACCCGUGGGCCACCCCCUGCCUCCAGCCGUGCUGCGGUGCCCACCUGCUGCACACAGGUCUGCCCCCGCCCACCCUCCAGCCCGAGUUAAACGUCUUGAUCGAUCGUUGGCUUCGUUAUUAACCAGCAUCUGCUCGCUGAGUCCAUUUCCCUGUCAGUAAAAAAGAUGGGAACUGAAUCCCUGAAGAACACAGGGCCAGCCCAGGCCUUCGGCACAAAGACCGCAAGUCGGCGGUGCCGAGCACGAGGCUGGCGCCGCGUCAGCCUUGGUUGCUGGUCGGCGGCGAUGCCUGACUCGGAGGAGGAAUCGGUGAACACCAGUUGAGCCUGUGGUGACGGUGAUCUGUGGUGAUGACAGCGACCGAUUCUUACCGCUGUGCUUUUGAGCAGGUAGCAGCGACAGCACGGCUACCACGCGCCAGACUCGCACAGACAGGCCCUUCCGCCAGCAGCUAGCCGGAGCUGUGGAAGGGCCCCAGCCGACACAGGCACCUGCCCUGCUCCGCUCGGCGCGCUCACCGCCUCGUGUGGCUCUGUCUGGGCAUGCGUCUGACUCGAUUGUCAAGGUGUACAUUUCUCCCUCCAGUGGCAAACCCCGCGGCUGAGCCCAGGGCCUGGCCCUGUCUUCGGGGCCAGCUCUGCACGUUCCUCUCUUGCCUUUGACUCUGUCACUCGUCCUGCUGAUGGCCCUGAUGGCCAGGCCUGGAACUGUGUUUGCCCCGCCCCACCCCACCCCCACCAUAACAGCGCCUUCAUGCCUUGUUUCUGUGGCUUUAAAUUGGUAUUUAAUUCCAUUACUGAGCUAAAGGCCAGCUCCAGCUGGUGUUCACAGGAAGCCAGGGCGACUGCUGAGCUCCUGACCUGGGCUCACGGUGGUGCCUGGGUCCCCAGAGCCAGCAUCGUGUUAUCUCCAAGUCAGAGGCAAGCAGAGGCUGCCCGGAGUCCCUGCGAGUGUGCAGCACUUCUGUUCUCUGUCGGUGGUGUCCUGUCACGCUUCUGGGGUCGGAACUCCACGAGUCGGAGCACUGGGGUCUCCACUGCUCUGAGGGGAGCCCCCGGACGUCGGGGAGAGCCUCCCGGGCCAGGGGAAUCGUCCCUGUGUCCUCUGUGUCGAUGGGGAACAGGUGGUUUGGGCCGAGCAGCAGCCCAGUGAUCCUGCCGAGAAGGGGAAUGCAGGCAACCUGGUUCCAGCAAAUCUGAAGUCUUGGCUCAGUCCUUUUGGGGUUCUAAUUUGAAGCUUCAGUGAUUUCAAUUUUGGGCUAAAAAAAGAUUCAGAAUCACUUCAGGGGACCGUGGCUGCUGUGCUCAGGUUCCGUGGGACUGGCAGAUGGCAGCACACCAGGUUGGAGAGACAGAGAGAGGCCGUGGGCAAGGGCACGGGCGUGCCGUCCAACUCACGUGUGACUCAGGCUCUGCCUCCUCUUCACCGAGUGCGGCCUGGGCAUGUUGCUCCUGUAGCCUCGGCACCUUAACCUGCAAACGAAACUCCGGUGAGGCGCACAGCUCAGUGCCUGGCCUCGUGAGCGCUGACCGGUGGUAGCAAUGGUGAGUCACUCAUUUCGGUAGCAGCUCUCCAGUGCCUGGAAUGCUGCG